UGUGCAACGUGUGACAUUACACACUUCUAGUCCAGUUACGUUGUGGCUCUCUCUCUUUCAGGCAUUGCUGCAACUAGAAAGCUAAUUUGUCCUGGUAUAUUACACCCAAAGAGCCAAAAUUUUCAUUGGCUAUACCAGGUUUCACAAGCUCUUUAAAUGUUUGUAGUCAAUUUGCAUGUAAAAUUGCGCAAAGUCGUAUAUUAACGAGAAAAAUUUUUAAAAACGGCAAAGAUCACCCUAUAUUCACACUUCGAUUCAGGUCGCUCUGAGCACUUAACAUGACGUCAAUUAUUUGCUAAAUCAGCAGCAAACCAUCAGACGGUUGGGAAUGGGGCGAGGCAACUUCCAAGAUGGCGGCAGUGAUGGUCAUCUUCGAACCUCUUGAAAUAAGAAAACUUGGCUAGCUAGCUGCAUUUAUUAAUAUUCGAAAUGCCUGGUGGGCGAAGGAAACGGAGCUUAACGCCGCAUGCUGCGGAACAAAAGAGGAGCAGUAAGCGAAUCAGAAAAGGCAGUGAAAGUUCCAAAGCAGAAAGGACUUUGAGAAAACAUGUUGUAGAGUGCGAGUUAAAAGCCUCGAACUUGACUCUAAAAAGUGUGUUGCCCUUGUCUGGUGACUUGGCAAAUGCAUGCUUGCUAUUUCUGGGAAAAGGACAGAAAGUUUGCAUCAAAGGAAUGGCUCUCAUCAGAACCUUAACCGGGCUGGUAAACAUAUUUGGCUGUAACAUUGGAUCUAACCAUGACGCAGUACAAAUCUUUUCGCCAAGCACUUCCAGUCUUCUGACAAUUUCUGAGUGUAGUGAAGCAGAUGUCACGAAAAGGACAGAUUUAAAAAGGUUGUUAAAAGAAUCUCUACAGAGCCAGCCUUUGGAAGUGUUCAAGAAAGCUAUGGUAAGAACAAAGAAGGCAGCGUCAGUUCUUCUGAUGAAAGCUAUUGAGAAUGUUGAGACAACCUUUGUGUGCAGUUUUCCAAGCUUUGAGGAAAUCUUCAGCUUGGAUCUUGGCAAGGUAUUUGUUGUGGAAUUGUUAAUCUUACCAUAUGAUUGUGAUUCAUAAUUAAAUUUUAUUAUCAUUAAUAAAUAUAUCUCUUAGUUAAUAUAUGACAUUGCAUUUCCAUUUGAUAAGUGUAGCAAUUCCAUUUUA